CUUGCUAGACAAAGUAUGGUGCUGCAGCGCCUCAUGACGUCGAUGUUGCUCCGAGUUCGCACCCGCCGCUCCAGCACCUACUCGGCCGACAAGUCGGAGAAAGCGCAGUCGAUCGAGCGCAGCGCAACAGUGCCGCCACGCACGGUCUUGCUCCGCCUCGUGCUCAACUCGUCCGAGUUUCUACUCGUAGUACUCUUUGUCUCGUCGAUCGGCGUUCUCUACUUGACGGGCCUCUGGAAGCGACAGUUAACCACUUCGCUGCCAGCCUUUGCGCGCGACUGGUCGCUUCUCGAAGCCAACUGCGUUCUCACUACUGCCGGCUUUGACGCAAUGACGUGUACUCAAACACGAGCCAUCACCGGUGCCAUGCACAGCAUUGCACAGACACUCGUGCAACAACUGCCAUCGACGCCCAUGCACGUCACGACCUGCGUCAUGGGCGCGAACGCCGGGUUUGGUGCGAUUUUGCUGCUUUUUUCUUUGCAAUCGGCGCCGCCCGUUGUGUGCGUUCCGUCGUCCGUGGCAUCGCCCGUCCUCGGGCUUGCCCUCCUCGAGACAGCGAUGAACAAUUCAACGCCCGUCUUCUUACUCUCGAGCUACAUGGACAGCGCAGACAGCGCCAUCGAAACCCGCAUCGACUCGUCGGGCGCCAUGACAAGGGUGGCCGGUAGUGUCACCAAAACGCUUUUCACCCCCGAUGGUCAGACAGCGUCGCGCUCGAACUUCAACCACUCGACGUGGCCGUUUGUGUCGCACCCCCUCGGGCCACGAUAUGAAUUUACCUAUCGCUGUGUAGCUGAAGUCCUCGUCGAUACUACAUCAGCAUCGCUGAAGCCAGUGUUUACCGGCGUGGCCUCUUCUAAAACGCUGCAAGUGGGUUGGACGUGCUCGCAUACCGUGGCGCGCAGCUUCGAGAUUUCGAUUCUCCAAGCCAUUCUUGUACCGACCAUUUUGCACUUGGUCAACGGCGACUUUUUUCUCACGCUUGUUGGCUGGAACGGCGUGUUGCACCGCCAUCCCGCGCUCACGUUUGACUUUGUCUCGGGCUUGGAGCGCCGAAGACUCGCGCUGGUGCUGCUGGUGCUUGUGCGUCUUCCGUCGCUUGCGUAUGUCGAGGUCACGCGACUCUACUUGGACACGACGGGUCGCUUCAACGUGCACUGCAUUGCCGUUCUCAUGAUGAGUGGCCUCCCUGUCUUUGCCAUCUACUGCUGCAUCCUCGUUCUCCAGCGGAUGCCCACUCCGCCGUGCUGUCGCGGCCGCGCGAUUCGAAUUUUGUCGCCCCUUUUGAUGCUUGGGACGCUGUUCUCGAGUGUCAUUGUCAGCUGUGGAUACCAGGACGUGGCGGCGACACUCCAGAAUCCGUUGUGGCGCCGCCCGGUUGCGUCGGAUGUAGCUGUGUACAUGCCCAACAUUGGCAAUCGAUCCGAGGCGUUAGCGCUUGGCGCGUUUGCAUCGUUGGAGGUGCAGACAGCCGCAUCGCUCUUGCAGUCGACGGUGCUCGCGUGCCUCUUCGGGUCGCUGGGGAUCAGUAUUUUGGUGCCGAUGCUACGGAAACGCCGUCUUCUUUUGGAUAUGCGCUACUUUGCACGAAACGAAUACUUGGCAACCCAGUUCAUGCCAUCGUAUGUGACGGGGCUGCCCUUGUACGAAGACGACUGCAUCAAAUAUGGCGCCAAGAUCUUCGCCAAACCAAGCACGAUUGCGCUCCUCGGGCACGCGAUGGUCAAGGAAGCACCCGUGACCUAUAAAAUUGCUGUAGUUGCCAAGGACACGCCUGGCAGUGCGCGCGACGCGAGCGUCCAAGCGGUCAACAGUGCAAUUAGCAUCAUUUCGGUCUACGAUCUUGUGCCAUCGAUGUUGCCCCACGCUCUUAUACCGCUGCGCGUCGUGGCGUGGAUCGACAACUACCAAUACAAGCCGGCGCCACCAAAUACGACGCUGAGCAAAACGACAUCAUAUCGACCAACCAAAGGCUCGUGCGUGAGCUAAGGUCCACGUCAUGCUUAGUCCGGUGCUUGAGACAGGUUAUUUUGACUAUACACUUGUGUCGUGGAGUAUAUAUCAACAUAUAUCGUUUGCCAAUCAAACAAGCCAAUUGGUGCCAGCGAUGAGGUGUGGUAAGCUGAUCUGGCACAGAGGUAUCGCACGCGAGGAUUUCGACCAAGAAUCAAGGA